AUGGAACGAUGCUGGCAUCCUGAUCCCACUGAAAGACCAACUGCAAGUCAAAUCGAGAAUUAUUUGCGUAGAUAUCUUGCAAAUAGUAAAUGUAACAAGAAGAAUAUCGAAUCAGCCGAAUUCAAAAGAAUACUAAGGAUGAGUUUUGGCGGCAAUUAUAAAAAAGAAAAAGAAAAUAAGAAUUCGUCAUCAAGUAAAUGUCUAUCUUUAAAAAUUAAUUCAAUAAGUCUAAAGCGUGAUUCAACAAUGGACGAUACCACAACAAGAAGGCGUGAUAAAAAAUCUACAAUUAUUGAAAAUGAAGAAGCAUUAUUAAUUCGGCCUGAUGGCGAAAGCUCGCCACCAUCAUAUUUGGUCUGA